CCUUCCUCCCGCGACGCUUGCAUCGGAGGAGUCUUCCCCAAUGUGAGCGUUCGGAGGGCUCCGCGUUCCCACUGCUGCGUCCUGCCACCCUCCUGACCUUACACCAUGGGAGUGACUUGUGUGUCCCAGAUGCCUGUGGCUGAGGGCAAGAGUGUCCAGCAGACCGUGGAGCUCCUCACCCGGAAAUUGGAGAUGCUGGGGGCAGAGAAGCAAGGAACGUUUUGUGUGGACUGUGAGACCUACCACACGGCCGCCUCAACCCUGGGCAGCCAAGGGCAGCCCGGGAAGCUGAUGUACGUGAUGCACAACUCGGAGUUCCCUUUGAGCUGCUUCGCCCUCUUCGAGGGCGGCCCUUGCCUCGUCGCCGACGCCAACUUUGACGUGCUCAUGGUGAAGCUCAAGGGCUUCUUCCAGAGCGCCAAGGCCAGCAAGAUCGAGACCCGGGGCACCCGCUACCAGUACUGUGACUUCCUGGUGAAGCUGGGCACAGUCACCAUGGGGCCCAGUGCCCGAGGCAUCUCCGUGGAGGUGGAGUAUGGCCCCUGCGUGGUAGCUAGCGACUGCUGGAGCCUGCUGCUUGAGUUUCUACAGAGUUUUCUCGGCAGCCACACACCCGGGGCUCCUGCAGUGUUUGGCAGCAGACAUGAUGUGGUCUACGGCCCAGCGGAUACCAUGGUCCAGUACAUGGAGCUUUUCAACAAGAUCCGCAAGCAGCAGCAGGUGCCAGUGGCUGGGAUGCGUUAGUGACUAGCAGCUACCUGGCGGAGCCGUCACCAGGGGACUCCACAGAAGGAGCAGGUGCUGCAGCCUCAGGCCCCGGGGCCCCAGAAACCCGGGGCAGAAUGGAGGCCUCUCUCCGUCUCCUGUUCCCAGCGUGGCUUUUGAUUUGGGGCUCCGGACUCCCCUCCCCUGACCCUCACACACAGCCCCCCGAUAGCUGUUUUACCCCACACCUUACCGGACCUGGCCCAUCCUCAAGAGUGGUAAUGAGGAAGAGCGAAGUUUGGAGCUAUCCUGCUUUAGGGGAAAAGGUAGGACAGGGUGGCCCUGCCAUGUCGGUGGGGAAAGUAGUCUGUAUCUCCAGCGGGGGGAGGAUUUGGCCGCGGCCCGCAGUGCACAGGCUGUACGUUGUGUCUGGGCUGGGCUGUAAUAAAGGCUCUUGCUCUAUUCAAGGAUGCGGCUGCGCGUCUCCUGCAGAAGGAGUAGGAGGCGCAACGUGUCGGGAGGCUGUCCUUUUCCGACUUGCUGGCUGAAGUGAAUUGCAAGUUGCAUUUCUUAGUGUGUCACCUGAGUCUUUUGAAGUCUGUCUCCCUCUGACACCUUUCGAUUCUGUUGUGACUUCUAUUAAGCCACAAGCUAAGCUACUAGAACAAAGAGAACCUGAAGUACAGUGGCUCUUCAUAGAAGGUUCAUUUUCUCUCUUCUGAGAAUACAGAGGUAGUCGGAUGGUCCAGUGCAGAUUUAACCCUACAAGGUCGUCAGGAACGUGGUUUCCUUCUGUCUUGUUCAGUCCCCCCCACCCUCCCCUCCACCCACCUCGUCCUGUCUUGUCCUUGCCUGUAAGGUCAAAGCAGAUUCAUCAGCCUCAUGUCCACAUUCCACUGAGGAAAGAGAGAGAAAAAUGCAGGUUUUUUUCUUUCAAGGUGUGACCUGGAGUUGCUCCAAGCACUGUGGCCACACUUUGUUGAGAGGCGUACUGGGCUAUAUAGAGCCUCUUAUUUGCGUAGUUAUGUGCCCAGUCCAAACUCGGGGUUCUGUGACUAAAAGAUGAAGAAGAAAAUGGACGCGGGCGCCCAGUUCGUGGCCUCUGCCCCACGGAGCUCAGUGGACGUGCCCAGGAAUGCUCUGGUGCUGUUUUGCAGUUAGGACCUCCUGUCACUAAACCAUUUGUUCAUGAAUUGGAUUGGGAUAGGGCUGAUGCCAGAGCCACUUCCAGUGUCACCCCUUGCCUACGUCUCAGCGUCAGGGCCACUCUGGUUCUCGCGUGCCCAGAGCUUGGUGUUAGAACAGCGACCUGGUACCUGCACGGUGCUUCAUGCUUUCCUGAGCUCUUUCUCCUCGUCUGUGUUGGGCCUCCAUGCUGCUCAUGUGACUGCCGUUGCCUGCCUACCCUUCUGCUGCAGAAAUGUUCAGUCCGGCCAGCAUUGAGACGCACAGUCAGAGAUGCUCUUAGGAACCGUGUUAGUGUACGUGCUGCCGUGUUGUUCGCAAGGGUACUGUCCCUCCUUGAAGGCACCUAGAGAGAAAGUGUUUCCAGACCCAAGGGCCUGGAAUCUUAAGCCUCUGCAAGAAGCAGCAGGUAGUGGUCAUGUUUCCCUUUUAGCCCUGGCUGGCAGGCAGCUCAGUUCAACUUUAUAACUGCAGGACCUGUCAUCUGCAUUUUUUGUUCUCACAUCCCCCUGGUUUUUUGUUUAUUUCUUUGUUUUGUUUUGCUUUUUUAAAUUGAGGUAUAGCUUAGAUACCAUUUACAUACAAUAAAAUGCACAGAUCUUACGUUUUUGGUCUUCUGGUUUAUAUUUGCUCUUGUUCAGAUUUAUCUAUUUUUAGCUUUCUGUAGGUUGCCUCCAGUUUUUUAUGACAGCAUUUAUGAGACAGCAUUUUGAACAUAAUAUGUUCCUGAUAAUAUAUAAAAAUCAAGUGUAAAUAUGACUCAGACGUAUGCUUUAUAAGGAGGGACUCUGUUCCCUAAAACCUGAAAAAUAGUAUAAACUCCCGAACUAUACUUUGCCUGUGAGACACGGUCGUGGCUCCUACACACCAGCGUUCUUCACUUUUGUUCUUUUCCCUUGCUUUGAGCAUACAUUGGACCAGCGUUAAGUCCAGUGAACACAGAUCAAGCUUUUAGAACUGCCACUUUGGGUAUCUUUGUGUCAAUUAAAGGAAGUUUAUCACUGAAAAAGAUGGGUGAUGCAGUACAUUUUAAUCAAUAUGCCUUCCUUUGCCAAGUCGCCAAAACUGAACUGGUAACUAGUGGGAAGGGCCCAAAUGUCUUCCAGCUUUUGUGUGCAAAUCUGAAUGGGGUUUUCAAGAGUAGUUUAGGAUUGUCAGUAUACAAAUUUUUGAAAGUUCAGGUUGA